AUGCGAGGCUGCGCCACGGCCCGGGCGCUCACCGCCCUUGUGUGUCUUGGCAACCACCCCAAACCAUCCAUCUGGGCUGACCCCCACUCCAUCAUCCCACUGGGAAGUUCUGUGACCAUCUGGUGUCAGGGGUCUCCGGACACCGAUGUCUACCGUCUGUAUAAAGAAGAACAUAAGCUUUUGGACAUAACUGUGGUGGGUCUGGGUCUCAGGGACAAGGUCAGUUUCCUCAUCAGAUCCAUGGACAUAGUCAACGCAGGCCUGUACUACUGCAGGAAAUAUCAUCAUGAGAGUUUCUGGUCGGACAUGAGCGACCCCCUGCUCCUUAUUGUGACAGGAGUGUACGAGAGACCCGCCCUGUCCGCCCUCCCGGGCCCCCCCGUGAGCCCAGGAGCGAACGUGACCAUGCAGUGCCACUCCGAGGUCUCGGUGGACACAUUCCACCUGCUCAGGAAGGGCACCCCGCUCUGGUACCGUCGCCUGGGCAACAGUGCCAAGCCCGUUCAGGCCAACUUCACCAUCGGCCCCGUGACCUCAGCCCACCAGGGGCCCUACAGGUGUUACAGCUCACACAGCACCUACCCCUACCUGUGGUCACAACCCAGUGACCCCCUGGUGCUGGAGGUCUCAGGUGGCGCCCAGGAUCAGAGCUACAGGGACGUGCGAGGAGGCCUCCUGCGUGCUCUCCCUGACUACCUGAAAGUUCUGUCCGGGGUUUUGGUGGCCCUCAUCCUUCUCCUCAUCCUCUCCCUCUUCCUGGUCAUCCGCCACCGACGCCAGAGAAAACGCAAUGCCGUAGUGAGAGACAAGCCGCCUGAGGAACACGCGGAGCUGGACGGCCGGUGGGCUGGACUCCUGUGCACCACUGCCAAUGAGCGAAAGCGCUGGUGGACUGCAACACCACAGAAACACACCUCGCUCCUCACAGCACUUGAUGGCUGUGUGGCCACCACCGGUGGCCCUGGUCCCACGUGA